GGGUUUGAAAGAAUCAGAGAGCAGUAUUUACCUUUAUUCUCUAAAGAUGAUUAAUUUCUUAGAACAGUUCCAUGGAGGAUUUGCGAUGUUUUUUUCCUGGGAAGGCAUCCUGGGGAGUCGGCACCUGUUAUUUUCAUUUAUGCUUUAUACAGCCUACGGGGUGGGGAGCGGCCAGAUCCAUUAUUCCGUGCCAGAGGAAGCGAAACACGGUACGUUUGUGGGGCGAAUCACGCAGGAUUUGGGUCUGGAGGUCGGGGAUCUGGUGUCGCGGUUCUUUCGGGUGGUGUCUAAGGGUCGCAAGGACUACUUAGAGGUAAAUUUGCAGAAUGGCAUUUUGUUUGUGAAUUCACGGAUCGAUCGUGAGGAGCUGUGCGGUCGCAAUCCUGUUUGUAGCAUCCAUCUAGAAGUGAUCGUGGACAAGCCUCUGCAGGUUUUUCAUGUGGAGGUGGAGAUCAAAGACAUUAAUGACAAUUCGCCAGUGUUCCCAGUGAAAGAACAAAAACUGUUUAUUCCUGAAUCCAGGCUGUCAGACUCUAGGUUUCCUCUAGAGGGUGCUUCUGACCCCGAUAUUGGGAUUAAUGCCUUGCUUACGUAUUCACUAAGCAUCAAUGAUUACUUCAUUCUAGAUGUAAAAUCAAAGAACGAUCAGGAUAAAUUGGUUGAGCUAGUGCUGAAAAAACCCCUAGAUAGAGAGGAAGUUCCUGAGCAUCACUUAAUACUGACAGCCUCAGAUGGAGGCAAACCUGAGCUCACUGGCUCCGUGCAACUGCUCAUCUUAGUACUGGAUGUGAACGAUAAUGCCCCGACUUUUGAGAGAUCAGAAUACGAAGUGAAGAUAUUAGAAAAUGCAGCCAAUGGGACAUUAGUGAUCAACCUGAAUGCCUCGGAUGAGGAUGAGGGAACUAAUCAAGAAAUCUUAUACUCUUUCAAUAGCCUUACUCCAUCUGUGAUUAAAGAUAAGUUUCAUAUAAAUCCAGAUACAGGAGAAAUUUCAAUUCAAAGAAAUCUGGACUUCGAAUAUAUAAAUUCAUAUAAAUUUCGAGUUGACGCAAUAGAUAAAGGGAACCUACCUAUGGUUGGACACUGUACUGUUCGAGUGGAAAUCCUCGACACCAAUGAUAAUGCCCCAGAAUUAGCAGUGACAUCACUGUCAAUUCCUGUCAGAGAGGACACUCCUCCAGGCACAGUUAUUGCCCUCAUUAGCGUAUCCGAUCGUGACUCUGGAAUCAACGGACAGUUGACUUGCUCGGUGUCACCGCCCUCACCCUUCACGUUGGUGUCCACUUUCAAGAAUUACUACUCACUGGUGCUGGAGAGCUCCGUGGACCGCGAGAGCAUGCGGGCCUAUGAACUAGUGGUGACAGCGAGGGAUGGCGGAUCUCCAGCGCUUUGGGCCACUGCCAGCUUGACUAUAGAUAUCGCAGAUGUUAAUGACAACGCGCCUGUCUUCGAGCAGCCUUUGUAUACCUUGUUUGUGAAAGAAAACAACCCGCCAGGCAGUCACAUUUUCACAGUGUCUGCAUCGGAUCCAGAUGAUCAGGAGAACGCACUGGUGUCUUACUCUUUAGUGGAGAAGCGGAUGGGGGAACGUCAGUUGUCGAGCUACGUGUCUGUACAUUCAGAGAGUGGAAAAGUGUACGCCUUGCAGCCCUUGGAUCACGAGGAGCUGGAGCUGCUGCAGUUUCAAGUGAAUGCCCGGGAUGCGGGCUUCCCUCCUCUGAGUAGCAACGUGAGCCUGCAACUGUUCGUACUAGACGAAAAUGACAACGCGCCGGUUGUGCUGCCACCUCAUGCUGGCUUUAGCUCCGUGACCGAAGUGGUUUCACGGUCCGUAGCUGUGGGCCACGUGGUGGCGAAGAUACGGGCUGUGGAUGCUGAUUCAGGAUAUAACGCCUGGCUGUCUUAUGAGCUGCUGUCGGAAGUGGACACCGGACACAGCACUUUCCGGGUAGGGGUGUACACUGGCGAAAUUAGCACUACUCGGUCCCUGGAUGAGUCAGAUGAAUCGAGGCAGACGCUGCUGGUGCUGGUGAAAGAUCAUGGAGAGCCUUCUUUGAAGGCUACUGCAACAGUGACCGUAUCACUUGUGGAGAUUGGGCAGACGUUUAAAGGUUCGUCUUUGGCUUUCAAGGAGCUAGCAAAGACUGGCAUAGGGCAGAAGACACUGGUAGAUGUGAAUGUAUAUCUGAUCAUUGCCAUCUGCUCGGUAUCCAGUCUGUUGGUAUUGAGUCUCCUGCUAUAUGUGGCACUUCGGUGCUCUUCGCCCCCACAGGGUUUUUAUGAGCCUGGGAAGUCCACUGAUGUGUGUUCAAACACUGUAAGGAGCUGGUCUUAUUCCCAUCAGCAAAGACAGAAGAUUUGCUCAGGGGAGGGCGCUGCCAAGAACGACCUCAUGGCUUUCAGCCCGAAUCUUCCACCAUGUCCAGGUUCUCAAGAAGGAGAAGAGACAGAGCACGGGCAGAACGUCGGGAAAGUGAGUUUCUACCCUUGACAACAUCUUUUACGUUCUGUUGAUUCAAAUAUUUAUUAAAUGAUUCCAUAUGUUCAAAUCCCUUUAAAAAAAAUUAGAGACAUCCCACAUUGCUUUA